GAUGAUGAUGAUGAUGGAGCCCAAUGAUGGCGACGGCGGCAAGGCGUGGAUAGUUGAUGCGGGAGAGUUCACUUUAGCGGGAGAUUGCUUCGACGCGAACGUUAUCAACUGUUAUAAAUGAUCGCACACAGUGUACACCAUUCUAACAGUAGGCGUUUGUCGCUUCAUUCUUAAGUCUUUGCAAUGGCGAAACAAGAAACGUCGCGCUUCUUAUGGACUGGGAAAGCCUACUGUGCUGCAAAAUGGUGCUGCAACCGAAACUCUGCGGACAUAUCCCUCAGUCGUUUUCCACUUGACCACAGACUGAAGGAUUGGGUGGCCUAUGCCAAUCGACCAGAGUUCUUGGACUAUUCCUCCAAAAAAGUUCACGAACAGCGUUUGUGCUCGGAGCAUUUUCGGAGCACCGAUUUUAUCGGCGCAAGCAGGAGGUUGAAGUUCAAUGCCGUUCCCUCGGUCCCCGUCACCAACCGUCACCUUCGGCCCCUGGUACCACCAGCUUUCUUCUUGGAUCCAUCAGAUAUUGCUGGGGCAAAGGCACUGGCUUUAGAAAAACCAGCAGGUCUCAGCGGUGAACGAGGGAGUGCUGAGGCGGACGUUGAGCUUGGGGAAGAAAGAAGAGACAGCGGCGCGGCAGGUCAACAGGAACCCGCCGCCCUGAAGAUCAUCCACCGAAACGUCUACGUGGCAGCGGACGGCGGCACCAAGUUCAGAGACAGGGUAGUGAAAAUCCCCGCAUCAAGGCACAGGAGAACAGCAGAAUGCCGACAGAUCCCUUCAUUAAAAGAACCCGCAGUGGAGGAAGAGCGUGUCCCGAGUCCCCUGGAGCUUCCGGUCUUUUCGGACGAGCUCUUUCCAGGCAUGGAUUGCGAAGACGUCGACAUGAUCGAGGAAGUCGUCGACCUCGGACUAGACAUGACCUCCGACGACGAUGAGCCGAGGGAACCAGAGACGAAGACAGUGGCUCAACAGACAGAGCACAGCAGCUGGGGGGUCUCCAAAUUCAGCACUUUUCUGUGCUCCUUAAACAAGGAUGGUGCGUCUACGCAAGUGUCUCAUGGACUUGCCGAACACUCAUACAACGUAGCCGAGGGGCCAGCUGAGUGGCUCAUCUCGUAUUUGGUGUACUGAAGAACCAGAAGUGUGUGGACCACUUUGUACAUACCCCAUCUUAAAGGAGUCAUGAAACACUCUUCCAACUUUUU